UACUCCUCUUCUCGGUGUAUAAAUAUAGAGAGCAAUACACACAAAAAAUGGAGAAAAAGAGAGUGAACCCAAAGGAAGUAAACUUUUUGCCUAGCAUCAUUCAGAAUUCUUCCUGGCCCCUAGCAAAUCUUUCAAGAUAUUAAGGCUGAUUCUAAAUUUCACUCACUGGUUUCCAUAUAUCACCAGUUAUGGCUUCUGCUUCAUUCCUUUCAACAAUCGGCAAAAGGCUAGAGGGGAAAGUAGCUACGGUGACUGGAGGAGCUAGUGGCAUCGGUGAAGCAACUGCAAAGCUCUUCUCUGAACAUGGAGCCAAAGUGGACAUUCUCGACGUUCAAGAUGAACUCGGCAACUCAGUUAGCAACGCCCUUGGAGGCUCAUCCAACUGCAUCUACAUCCACUGUGAUGUCACAAACGAAGACGACAUCCAAAACGCCGUCGACAAAACCAUCGCCACGUUUGGAAAACUCGACAUCAUGUUCUGCAAUGCUGGCAUAUCAGACGAGAUGAAGCCGAGAAUCCUCGACAACACGAAAGCGGAUUUCGAACGGGUCCUCAGCAUUAACGUGACAGGAGUUUUCUUGUGCAUGAAGCACGCCGCUCGUGUCAUGGUCCCGACACGUAGCGGUUGCAUCAUCUCCACCGCCAGUAUAAGCUCUAGGCUCGGAGCUGCAGCAUCGCAUGCAUACUGCAGCUCCAAACACGCCGUGUUGGGGCUUACCAAGAACCUGGCAGUGGAACUGGGGCAAUUCGGUAUACGCGUGAAUUGCUUGUCGCCCUACGCGAUGGUUACGCCGUUGGCGAUGAAGUUCAUUGGGCUUGAAAAUGAACAGCUUGAGCAGGCUAUGGGUACGGUUGGGAACCUUAAAGGUGUGACUUUGAGGGUGGAUGAUAUUGCAAAAGCAGCACUAUUCUUGGCAAGUGAUGAUGCUAAGUAUAUCAGUGGGCACAAUCUAUUCAUUGACGGGGGAGUCUCCGUGUAUAAUCCGGCACUUGGCAUGUUCAAGUAUCCAGAAUUUUGAAAUAUAGAACUAGAUGGCCGCAGUACGGGCCCAACACUUUGGA